AGAAAAUUCGAUCAACGGCAUGAGCGGUUGGAAUGGAAGUGGUGUAGUGUAAUUUUACACCACUAAUCACUAUGCAUCAUUCUCCUUAUCAAUCGAAGUUCACGGCGGCUUGAAAUAAAAGAUAAAGGCAUAAUUUUAUCAUUAAAACUCCGGUCGCCGCUAAGAUUAACUCACUGCCAAUCGUUACAUGGUGGUGCGAGAUUUUUAAACGUAAACAAAAUCUCAUUUUAUCAUUACGGUAUUUUUUUAUAUCCUUGUUUUCUUCUUUUACGUAUCUACUUUUGCCCAAAAUGGCAAAAUCGAAGUACAGAAAGCGACCCACGAUGUUGCUACGCAUUUAUUCUCUGGGCGUAUUGGCCCUGGAUCUUUGCUCUCUCUGCAUCGGAAUAUGGUUUGCAGUGAUUGUCGCCCUGUUCAGAACACUCAGGCCUCCUCCCUUGAAAAGUCUACAAGGAGAAGUUGCUAUGGUAAUAGGUGCUGGCCGCGGGGUUGGAAGAGAGAUAGCUCUUCAACUUUGUCAGCUUGGAGUAACAGUGGCUUGCAUCGAUAUAAAUAUGGAGACUUGUGAGGCAACUACAAAACGCGCUCGUCAAACGGGUAUAGCAAGUUCUUACGUAUGCGAUGUGACUGACAGGGAACAAGUAGAUCAUAUUGUUGAAAAAGUUAGAUCCGAACUAGGUGAAGUUACGAUGCUUCUACAUUGCUGUGGCGUUCCCAGUCCACGUGCUUUGAUUCAUGAUCCUCCAGAAAUUCGCGAAACCAUGGAUGUCUCGGUACUCAGUCAUUUCUGGCUUCUAGAUUCAGUGCUGCCCUGCAUGCAACGUAUGGGCCGUGGCCACGUUGUGGUUUUAUCUUCAGUAGCGGGCUUGUCUGGUGGCGCGAGUCGAGGUGGUAGAGUGCCACUUUCCACGGCCCAAUUUGCUGUUCAAGGUUUAGCAGAGUCCCUACACACCGAGCUUAGGCAUUCGAAUAGUAAUAUAAUGGUCACGCUAAUUCACGUAUAUCCGUUUAUCGUCGGUGCCGAAGUUGCUAAGGAUAUUCGAUUCAGAAUUCCGAGUUAUUUUGGAACGAUGCCAGCUGCGGAAGCUGCCAAACAGAUAUUGGAUGGAGUUCGACGAAAUUAUGCAGAGUUCAGCGUACCGGGGUAUCUUCUCUACCUUGGUCACAUUCUCAGAAUACUUCCGAAGAAGGCAUCGUUCAUGCUGAGAGAUCUAUUGGACACUGGUGUUGAUUUUGCAUGAUUGAAUAACAUUCGAUUUGUUGAAAAAAAAAAAAAAUUUAUAUUACAUACAUACGUAUCUGUGAAAUAGUUUCAUUUUUAUACGCAAAUGGGGCUUGAAUAAUUUUGUAAAUAUCAACAAUAUUGCGAUUGUUUGUUAGAUCCCCGCUUCAAUUUUAAUCCAUGUCUAAUUAAGCCCCGUUCUAAAUAGCUAUAGGACUAUACAGACCACAUUAUGAUUUGUAUUUAUACAUUUACUAUAUUGUACAUAAUUCAGCGUAAUUAGGUUUUAGUCUACUAAAAGACUGACAAGCCAUAUCCAGUAUACUGUAAGAAACUGCAAACUUUGGAUAUAAAUACGCAAAUCAAAAUUAUUUAUGAAGUAAAGAAUUCAUAUGCAGAUUUAUUAACAAAGCAGAGAGGAAAAAUGUUAACCAGGUAAAAAUUCGGGCAACGAAUUUUUCCGGAUCUUGUUUUUGUUUCUAUUAGUUUUUGUUCUUUCCGUCUGUAAUUUGGAAUUUUUACUAUUCAGAACACUAAAAGUGCGUAAAUAUAAACUAUACUCUUUAAACUUGACUUGCGAAUAAUUCCAAUAUCUCCAAUAUAUAUACACAGUUUCCAGUGACUUCGCAAACUCUUAAUUAUAAACAUUAUUUUCAUACGUGGAAAAUAUCUAUUUUUUUUGUGCUUUUAUAGAUUUAUCAUCAUCUUACUAAGUGAUAAUAGUACUAAUAAUCUAGUACUUGCCUCGAAUAAUAAACAAUCCAGAAUAAACAGCCAUGUUUGAAUUUCUUGAAUGAUUGCCACUGUAACUUGAAUUUCAAGCUUACCUAUAUUCACUUUGUAGUCUCAUAGUUGAUGAAAUGUAAAC